CUCUGCAGGAGACACUCUGAGAAAACAUGAAAAAGAUUUAUAUUGGGAGAACGGCACUAAGAGCACCAAGAAAUGGUUGUAGACAUCAGAAGAGGAGCUGGCUGCAGGAGCAGAAGGAGGAUCUGCGCAGACGUCUCGGCUGCACCACACACAAACUGCAGCAGCUGCAGAGCGAGAGCGAGGACACACGUCAGUAUCUGGAGACGGAGCUGCGUCGAGCUCAACAACAACUGGACAGAUUCACAGAGAAGCUGCGCAGGAUUCAGAGCAGCUAUGCAGCUCUACAGAGAAUAAACCAGGACAUGGAGGAGAAAAUCCACCGAAUGACUCAACAUCACGACGAGGAGAAGAGAUCUCUGAGUCGAGAGAUCGUCACACUGAAAAACCACCUGAUGGAGGACAAGAUCACCAUCCAGAAGCUGCGAGAGGAUAACGAUCUGUACAGGAAAGACUGUAAUCUGGCGGCUCAGCUGCUCCAGUGUGGAAAAUCUCCUUACAGAGCACACAAACUGUCUGAGCUUCCCGCUGAUCUUCAGGAGCGAGUGAGCUCUCACAUGGAGCAGCAGAGUCACGGCUGGCAUCACUCCUUCUCAGACGCCGUUCCCACCGCCGUCAUCGGCCGGGUCCUGGAGAAACCUGAGCCUGGGAGAAGCUGUCCGGUCACACGCUCGCCGAGCCUGCAAGCCCCAGCAUUCCCAUCCGGCACGGACAACAGAGUUCAGCGGCACACGGUGUACAAGUCGUCUGACCUGUCCUGCAGUGACACGGCCCUGUACUGUCCGUCUGAUGAGCGGCGGAGUGACCGCUGGCCGGAGAGACGGCAGAGCGCUGACCAGAGCAGACGGAUCCCAAGACACACGUCCACCGACGGCAACCUGCACGACGAGAGCUUCCACCUGCAUGGAGAUCCUUUCCAUGGGUUCAUCCUUGGAUCUCUUCCCGCCUCCAGCCGUUAUUCCAGCUGCAGCACAGCCUCGGAUGAGAAGGAUCACGCGUCUUCCUCCUCCCAGCAGGCUCUGUUCGCUGACUGGUGUGAUGGAGACUAUGUGUGCAAGAACUUAUCCUCAUACGGAAAGGAAUGUCCAGGUUUUCCCAAGUCAAGCAGCUCGCAGCACGUGGGCUCACAGAACGGCCGAUCCGGAGACAGACGCUUCCAUGUCCCUGCGGACACACCGGAGCGCUGGCGGCAGAUGAGCAUGGAGGACAUCAGCAGCUUCUCACCCUUCAGUUUCCCAGAGCGCUACUUCACGGUCGGUCCGGCCAAGACUAAAGCAGAUCCUCUUUACAGCAGCUUCCAGGAGGAAGACAACAUCUUCCAGAGACGCGCGCCGGAUCCACGAUUCCCUGCGUCAGAGGGAUCGAGUCCUGCGCUGUACCCGAAGAUGAGUCUGAAUCCACUGAAGACAGAGAGAGGACUGAUGUUUCACUCAAAGGGUUCGACAAGCAGCUUUUUCAUAACUGGAAACAACAAGAACAAGGAGAACACGACUAAAGACGCUUUACAGAGAGAUUACGCUGAUGAAAGUCCCGGCAGUUCAGCCGAGUCACUAAACCACGGUCUGGACGUCCAGAAAUACAAAGAUCUUAAAAACCCUGGAGCUCAGAGAAUUACGCCACAGCAUCAAAAGUUUGGAAACGCUGGACUCAGUCGCAAAAACAGUCUGACUAAAGCUCAGCUUUAUGGAACGCUGCUUAACUAACGAUCAGUAAAAUAAAGAACAAUAUGUGAACGUUUGCAAACCUGUUGACUGUUGUCAUGUUGAGUUUCACUGGAUACUGGAAAGAGUCUUGGUUGAUUUUACACCUGAAGUAUGUGUUUCCAAAGACUUGUACUGUCUCUUCAGGCCCUCGUCUGUCAUUGGUCGUUCAGACAGAUUGUCCCGCCCCCAAACUCACCUGAUUGGUUCAGUCAGAAGUUGACGAUUUGGGCUGCUCAAAAAACAGAAGUAUGUUGUUUAUCAAAUUGUAUUCCUGUCACAAUAACAGCAGCAUCAAAGGAAAUAAACUGAAUUAACUAAAUACAUUUUUCAGGGAAAACCUUAAAGUGAAUUAAAAAGAGAAAAUGUUUGCAGCUUUACAGUCUCAAUGCAUUGCAUGUUUACUUUUAAAUUUUAUGAUAUUGUUUUUUUUUUACCCAUUUGUGUUUGUGUAUAUGGUAUUUUCCAUACAUAAUUAACAAAUUAAUCACCAAACUUUGUUCCAAACUCUUAUUCGUAUACAAAGUGUAUAUCUUUACCAAUUAGUCAAAUGUUUUAAUUUAGAGAUUAUUUAUUAUCAGUCUAAUUCAUCGGGUCAAAUCUAAACCACUUUCUCUUUAGACAAAAUCAGAAACUAUAACAGCCAUGAAAGUCAUAGUACAGUUAGUUCUGUUACAAACGUUUUACAAAUGAUUUGAUUCUAAAUAAUAUUUGAUCUUCAGGACUGCAGCAGAUCAACACACGUCAUUUCCAAACAUGUUUCAGCUAACACUGGUUUUAUCCAGGUAUAUAAUUGAGACAGAUGUUGAUAGUUAGUGACAGUGAUCGUGUGUUUGAUGUUUCUACCUCACUGUCCGAUCUGACCACAUUAAAGGAGAAACUGAUUCCAGACGCAUGUUUCUAGAUUCUUUCUGUAUUUUUCUUUACUAAAU